AUGGUUGUAGGCUACAUCAUCUCCAGCACCAUCCGUGCCGCCACCGACGCGCACACCGACUGGAAAUACGGCAUGCAACCCCGCUACGACCACUCGCUCAUCUACAAGCCCGUGUACAAACUCACCACCGUCAUCGAGAGAAAGGUGAACCCGAACCCGAACCCGAAUGCGAACCUGAACCCGAACCCACACCAACGCCGGGUCGCGCACUUGCGGUCUUCACCCCAGCCCAUCGUCUUAGCCCAUCCUACUGAGAGGCGUCGCCGAAGCCCACGCCGAGCCCCGACGGAGAUCGAUUGCGAGUUCCAGGACGAGGACGACCCGCCCCCUCCGUACCCCGGCACCAGCACUGUCAUGCCCCCACGAUACCAAGCUUGA